AUGUCAAUUAGUUUUACGAUGAUGAAAAAAAAGCAUUUUACUUUGCUUUUAAUCCUAGUGCUGGUUUUAUUUAUUUCAAUUAGAUGUGUUUCAGCUCAAGAAACUACUACUGAAACCGCUAUACCAGUACCUACUACACAACAGGAAACACAAGCACCUACACAGGAAACAUCUUCACAAGAAGCACCUACACAGGAAACAUCUUCACAAGAAGCACCUACACAGGCAUCAUCUUCACAGGAAGAACCUACACAGGCAACAUCUUCACAGGAAGCACCUACACAGGCAACAUCUUCACAGGAAGCACCUACACAGGCAACAUCUUCACAGGAAGCACCUACACAGGAAACAUCUUCACAGGAAGCACCUACACAGGAAGAUACACCGACACCGAACCCUACUACACCUUCAGAAACAUCUACUACACAGGAAGAAGCACCUUCAGAAACUACUACAGAGGAAGCACCCACAGAAACAUCUACUACACAGGAAGAAGCACCUUCAGAAACUACUACAGAGGAAGCACCCACAGAAACAUCUACUAUUACGGCUACUUCAAGUAAUACUUCAUCUACUACUUCGUCUACUACAUUUAUUACUUUAUCUACUACUUCAGUUACUAUUUCGUCUACUACUGCAAGAAUUACUUCAAAUAAUACUUCAUCUACUACUUCAGAUGAUACUUCAUCAACUACUUCAGAUGAUACAGAUACUACUUCAUCUACUACUUCUACUUCUGAUGAUACUGAUACUACUUCAUCUACUACUUCAGAUGAUACUGAUACUACUUCAUCUACUACUUCAGAUGAUACUACUUCAGAUACUGCUUCAGAUGAUACUACUUCAGAUACUGCUUCUACCAGAAAAAUGACUUCCUCAAAAAUAAUUACUUCCUCAAAACCAUCAACAUCUUUUACUACUUUCUCAGGUAAUCAAUUAACAGUAUUCUACUACGCUUAUGAUAAAUUUACAAAUUCUCAAACCGAUUCUAACAGUUAUUCUAUUUUUAUUCAAUCAGCAACUACUACUUAUUCUCUUCCAUCAGAAUCAACCACCGUUCUUACCGUUUCUUGUCAUUCAUGUAACGUUGAUUCUUCAGUGAGAACCUCUAUAAAAGGUUAUACUACAACUUAUACAGUAACUACAAAUGGAGUAGCAUCUCCAACUGAAGUUUAUGUUCCUCCAAGUACUCUGGUUAUCGUUAAAAAAGUUACUGCAGUUGUUGAAGAUCUUGUUGCAGAACCUACUUCUUCUUCUUUGACUUCUAAUGCUGGCGAUUCAAUUAAUUUAAAUUUAUGGAAAGAUAAAUUGAAUCGUAUAGUUGUUUGUUUGUGGGCGAUCGGUGUGGCUUUUGUUUACGUGGUUUUGGCUUAA